CGCAACUCUCACUCGCGCGACACACGGUACAAAUAUCUCGCCUUUCUCUCCAUCUCCAUCUCGUCCUCUAACCUACCGCCGAGCUACUCAUACCAGCUCAGCAGCUCAAGCCCCACCCCCACACACCGACACACACAAUGCCGCCCGCCGCCCGCGCCAACGCAGGCUCCGCCACCCCGCCGUACCCCCCUUCCCGUCCGGGCUCGAGCAAGCCCGGCACGCCGGCCGUCUCGGCGACGGCCAACAGCUCGCUCCUGCUGAGGAAGCAGCUGCGUGACCUCCAGAAGAACCCCGUCGACGGAUUCUCGGCCGGCCUGGUCGACGACGACAACAUCCUCGAGUGGCAGAUCGUCAUCAUGGGCCCCGCCGACACGCUCUACGAAGGCGCCAUCCUCAAGGCGCGACUCAUCUUCCCCGCCGAGUACCCGAUCCUCCCGCCAAAGAUGGUGUUUGACAGCGAGAUGUGGCACCCGAACGUAUACAACAAUGGCAACAAGAAGGGCGAGGUGUGCGUGUCGAUCCUGCACGCGCCGGGAGAGGACGAGUGGGGAUACGAGGACGCCGGAGAGCGGUGGCUGCCGGUCCACACGGUCGAGAGUGUCCUCAUGUCGGUCAUCUCGCUCCUCUCCGCCGACGUCCCCGACCUCAACUCGCCAGCCAACGUCGACGCCGCCAAGGAGGUCCGCGAGAACUAUGAGUCGUACAAGAAGAAGGUCAAGCGCCUCGCCCGUCGUUCUGCCGAGGAGGCUUACGACUAAUUUUCGCUAAUCGCCGUGGUUGUUCAUUCGUUCGUGUCAUAUUAGGAUUCGUUUACAUGGCAGAUACUGCAUGCAUGGGCCCAGCCUAUGCCCUAAACAGUUGUGGUGACGGUGAUGGUGAUUACACACAACAGCUAUAGUAUAGUACAACUCGUCUCAUCUCGCCGCCUUCAUCCCAAACACAGAGUACACAAGAAUCUUGUUCUUGCCCGACUUGACCACAUGGCUCUGCAGCGUCAUGUCGAUGAUGUAGUGGGGGCGCACGCCCGACACCCUCGCGCCCAUGAGUACCUCGUGAACGCGCACAGUGAGCUCCUUGAUCCGAUUGCGGGCCCGCUUGACCUCAUUGACGCCCCCGUGGAUCGUAGGCAGGGCGGGCAGCAUGAUCUCAGCCUCGCUGUCCGACAGGAUGGCUGGCCACGUCUGGCCGGGGUUGGCUGGGUCCUGGAGCUCGAGGACCAUCUCCCAUCGGCACGUCGCGUGGACGUGCUGCCUAUCACCACACGACAUGCAGUAGUCGAAUUUGAACGAGUGGCGGCACCUGCGGCAGUAGAACACUGCCAGGUCGUUCUCGAAGGUUGGGAGGCCGCACGCCCGGACGCUGAGCACACGCGCCCGAACGCGGUACCGGUUGGGCACGGUGCUGUUGGCGAACGCCGAGGUGAGAGAGGUAGUUGGGUGGUCGAUCUCGUCCAUGUGCGUGGUGCCGACGUGGAUCGUCGCUGGCUCGUCGGCCGGCAGAGGCGGGGGAAAGUCGGGGACACGAGGAGGAGGAGCAGGCAGCUCAACCGGCACCAACAUAGGCAUGUCCGCU